AAUGCUUUUUUAGUAUUUAAUAUAUUUAUUGAAAAACAACAACAGUAUAAAAUAAAAAAUGAAAAAUGCCCAAUAGAGAAGAUGAAAACAAAAUUUAUGUGUGUUUGUUCGAACCAUCUGAAGAUGAAGAGUUAAAAAGUGAUCACCUGUUUCAAGAACGUUCAAUUUAUGAUAAAGAUGAAAUAUAUAUCGCUACAUCACCUUCAUUUUCUGUAGAUUCUGAUAAAUCAGGCAUUAUCGAUUUAAUUCAAGAAGAUGGUAAAGAAUCUGUUGCUAAGGAGACAAUUAGUUUUUGCGAUAAAGGUUUACCUGUUGAGGAAUAUUCUAUUUUAAAAACAACAGAUUCUUAUCCUAUUAUAAAUUCUAUUGAUGGUCAAAGCUUUUAUGUCAACUCAGACUAUUCUGCUUUGGGUUUAGAAAUGUCAAAGGCAUAUUUUUAUGUAGUUUCACCUAUUGGUAGCUCUCAGCUCCUUCAGACUUCUGAUAAUCAUGCUGAUAUACCUCUAAUUUCUUCUUCAGCAACACCUGCAACUGAAUCUUUGGAUAGUUUAAUUAUUAGUGAUGUCCAGUCACUAAAUGAAGAAAAUAAAAGCACGAAACCAAAUAUGACAUUUAAUGACUCGAAAGGUUCAUUUGAACCCAGUGCAAAUGUUGAAACGAGCUGUGCAAGUGUUCAAAGUCCAGAGCGAUCUUAUGAAAGCUACUCAAAUCAAUUUCCUGUAAGUUUUAUUAUAUCAGACACCAAAAAAAAUGAAAUAAUUUGGAAACAGUUUUCUCCAGCACAUAUUGAAGAACUUGGGAAAGCUGAAGAUAGCAAUCUUCUAAUUCAGUAUGAUGAAUCUAAAUCUAAAUCUUACAUAGGACAAGAUAUAGACACUCCCAAUCGAGAAAUUGUAUCUGAUGAACAAAUUAUUGGGGUAUCUAUUCCUCAAAUUGUAAGUUGUGGUUGGGAUAAUUGUGGAACACACUUGAUUACCAAUACAGAUUUAAUUAGACAUGUCAAUGCAUCUCAUGUCUUAGCUGAUGACAAGCAACAAUACACUUGUCAAUGGAAAGGUUGUUCUAGGGAAGGUAAAUCAUUUGAUGCUAAGUAUAAGAUGGUGAUACAUUUAAGAACUCAUACCGGUGAGAAACCUCAUACUUGCCCUGCUAAAGGAUGUGGUGCUUCUUUCACUAGAAUUGAAAAUAUGAAAAUUCACAUUCGAUCUCAUACCGGAGAAAAGCCUUACGUGUGUCAGUUUGAAGGCUGUGACAAAAGUUUUGCAAACUCUAGUGAUAGAUUCAAGCAUAAAAGAACUCAUAUGGAAAAAAAACCCUAUAGAUGCCCGGUGUUGGGUUGCGAGAAAUCCUAUACCGAUCCUAGUUCACUGCGAAAGCAUAAAAAACGGCAUGGGUUCGACUUAUCGCGUCAUCAAACAUUCGCACUUUGAUUUUUAUCGGACUUUCAAAAUCAUCCGCUGGUAUACACUUAUAUAGUUACUUAUGUAGACACUAAUACUGACUUUAAUAUAAUUGUCAGCAAAAAUUGGUUUAAUUUAGCCAAGUUUUUUAAGUAAAUAUGAAUGUAAUUAAUGUAAAAAUAUGUAAAUAAUAAAUUAUGUAAUUUAUGCUUA